AUGAAAAAGGAAAUGGAGUCCGACGACAUCAAGUUUCUUCAGUCCUACUAUUCAAGUCCACACAGGCUCCAGUGUGAAACAGCAAAGCCAGAGAAUUUGUCAGGCAGCCUGAUUAACAUGGCACAACAUGAAUGCGCUCUGAAUCAUCGGCUGUGGAGACAGUCCUAUCAGCCACACAAUCCAAUGGUUCUGGACCCAAACACGGCCGCUCCCAAACUCAUCAUCUCUGAAGAUCUCACUUCACUUACAUACACUGAAGACAGGCAGAAGGUUCCUGAAAUCCCGGAGCGAUUCCACAUAGGUGUGCUGGGGUCCAAAGGCUUCACUACUGGGAAUCACAGUUGGUAUGUGAAGGUUGGUGACAAUGACUUCUGGGUGCUCGGUGUGGUGAAAAAGUCUGUCUCUCGGAAGAAGCUGAUGAAAAUGCAGCCAGAGGGUGGAAUAUGGAGCAUUCGAUACAUCAGUGGGAAGUAUCGGGCGGGUGUGAAGGCAAAGACGGAGAUCAAGGUGACCAAGAGCCCUCAGAUGAUUCGAGUUGAGCUGGACUUUGAGCGUGGGACGUUAACAUUUUCAGACCCAAGCACAGAUGUUACUCUGUACACCUUUAAUCAUGCGUUCAAGGAGAAGCUUUUCCCUUACUUCAGUACUGGAAGUCUGAAAUGUCCAUUACGCCUCUGCUUUCCAGGACAGCCUUAAUGCAGCAGCACACUAUUUCAUUGUAAAUGAUGAUGAAAUGGAUUGUUGGCCUAUUGUGGCGCUGCUGUGAUCGCUCCAAACACUACAAGGUUAAGGAGGCUGUCGUUGGGCCUAAAACAAAACAAAAAAACUUCUAUAAAUGGUACAUUUGCUCAGUUUUGACUUUUCUUUAAUCCUUGGUACAUUGAAGGGAACAGUGAAGGCAGUAAGCAUACCGGUAUGUUUUCUGCCCAUAAUGUCAUUGUCAGUUAACAUCGACUGAUAUAAGUAGUAGAGCAAUGUUCAGGCCCUUUGAAAUAAAAAAUAAUGACCAACCAUAUGUGUUGAACAUUAAAGUUGUCAAAAUUGUGAAAUUCAGUCAAAUUGUGUGACUUGUAAUAUAUAAUAUAGCUUGUACAAGUAUAACUUGCCUGGCUAUCAUGACUGCAACUCUCUGUGAGCAUUGGUCUGGUCCAUGUGUGUAGCUAUAGCACCGGGGCCUACUGUAUGACCUCCAGGAGCUCAACACCAUCCCCAAAAUGAAAAUAAAAUGAAAACUUCAUUAAAGGUACACUGUGCAGGAAAUGGUCAAAAAAGGUACUGCAUCUACUGUAUGCUGCUCAUUGAAACUGGGCUGCCUAUUGCCAAAUUUGAUCUUUACAUGAACGUUUACUUAGUAAUAAACAAAUAUUUCCUUGUAUGGUCCAAUUAGAGACAUUUUUGCAGCUAAAAAUGGCUGGACCAUGGAGAAGAUCCCCCUUUUCAUGUAUGAAAAGUGCAAUUUGAAUGAAUACUUAGAAUUUGAUGGUGGUGGUAAGUAUUCAUGAAAAAGGUAACAUUAGUGAAUGGGCAGCAUGAAUUCUGGAAAUAAACAACUAAAACUCUCACACAGUGUCCCUUUAAGGUUUGGUUGUGAAAAAAAUGGCCUGUUUCAACACUAGUCCAGUGAGUCAAAUCCAGAAAGUCAAAGAAUCAUCAGUGGCACAGGUGCUGGACCAAACGUAAGAUAACUGAAAAUAAAAUAAAGGUCCGCAACACUGUUAAAUGCUCCCAAAUAUUUAAUGGCACGACGUUUCGGACUAACCGUCCUUCAUCAAAGUGCAACCAUCCCCACCAUCCCCAAAAUGAAAAUAAAAUGAAAACUUCAUUAAAGGUACACUGUGCAGGAAAUGGUCAAAAAAGGUACUGCAACUACUGUAUGCUGCUCAUUGAAACUGGGCUGCCUAUUGCCAAAUUUGAUCUUUACAUGAAAGUUUACUUAGUAAUAAACAAAUAUUUCCUUGAAUGGUCCAAGUAGAGUCAUUUUUGCAGCUAAAAAUGUCUGGACCAUGGAGAAGAUCCCCCUUUUCAUGUAUGAAAAGUGCAAUUUGAAUGAAUAUUUAGAAUUUGAUGGUGGUGGUAAGUAUUCAUGAAAAAAUGUAACAUUAGUGAAUGGGCAGCAUGAAUUCUGGAAAUAAACAACUGAAAAUCUCACACAGUGUCCCUUUAAGGUUUGGUUGUGAAAAAAAUGGCCUGUUUCAACACUAGUCCAGUGAGUCAAAUCCAGAAAGUCAAAGAAUCAUCAGUGGCACAGGUGCUGGACCAAACGUAAGAUAACUGAAAAUAAAAUAAAGGUCCGCAACACUGUUAAAUGCUCCCAAAUAUUUAAUGGCACGACGUUUCGGACUAACCGUCCU